UUUCCAAUUUUGAGGUCAAUUAACCUCUGAUUUUAUAAAUUUCUCCGCAUAGAUUUGUCAAAUUUACUACCAUGUAUUGAAAUGGAAAAGAAAAUAAAAAUUUGUCCUUUUCCGUAUUUUCCUACUUUGACAGACGAAUUGAGCAUCGAACUGCUAUGGAAUUUUUUUAUUCUCUUAACAAGCGGUCUAAUCUUAAUAUCCCAAUUCAUUUGAGACCUAUGGAUCAAACAGCAAAGUUGCUCAAUCAGUUCGCCUCUUCAUUUUGUCUUCUUCUUCUUCUUCUUCUACCUCUCAUCUUCAUCAUCCUCAAGCACAUUGUUACCUCUCUGUCUUCGAAGAGGCCGCGCCUUCCUCCAGGUCCCAGGCCAUGGCCUAUCAUAGGCAACCUUCACCAAAUAGGGAAAAAGCUUCAUAUCUCCGUAACCCAAUUUGCCAAAGUUCAUGGCCCUCUCAUUUCACUAAGGCUCGGCUCUCGCGUCGUUGUUGUUGGGUCUUCUCCGUUGGCUGCAACUGAGAUUCUCAAAACUCAUGAUCGUUUGCUUUCUGCUAGAACCAUACCAAAAGUACUGCCCUACAAGAUCCAUUUCGUUGACCGUUUAGCUAUUGUUUGGGCAUCUUCAUGUAAUGAACGAUGGAAGUUUUUACGAGCCUUGUGCAGGACUGAGCUAUUCUCUGCCAACGCGAUCGAAUCACAGGCUGCUUUGAGGGAGAAGAAAAUGAUAGAGAUGGUGGAAUAUUUAAGUAGCGAGCAAGGACAAGUAGUCAAUAUUGGAGAAGUUGUUUUUACUAGUGUUUUUAACACAAUUUCUAAUCUUAUAUUCUCCAAGGACUUGCUUAGUUUUGAAGAUCAAGAAAGGGGCAGUGGAUUGAAAAAUGCAACAUGGAGAUUGAUGGAGCUGACAGUUGCUCCAAACAUAGCUGAUUUUUAUCCAGUAUUUGCUGGGUUAGAUCCUCAAGGUUUGCAAAAGAAGAUGCUCAAGUACAUGAAAGAAAUGUUUUCAGCUUGGGAAAUUCACAUCAAAGAAAGAAGAGAAACCCAUGUCCAUGGCGCACCCACAAAUGAUUUCUUGGAUGUCUUUCUUGCCAAUGAUUUUGAUGAUGAUCAAAUCAAUUGGUUGACAUUUGAACUGUUUGCUGCAGGCUCAGACACUACUACCACAACAGUAGAAUGGGCAAUGGCUGAGCUGCUCAAGAACAAACAAUUUAUGAAGAAAGCUUGCGAAGAGCUAGAUAGAGAAAUCAAAAGAAAUUCAAUAAAGGAAUCUGAUAUUCCUCAACUUCAUUUUCUAAAUGCAUGCGUAAAGGAAACUAUGAGAUUCCACCCUCCUGUUCCAUUCCUGGUUCAUCGUGCUCUAGAGACUUGUGAGGUUAUGAAUUAUACAAUUCCCAAAGAUGCUCAAGUUUUAGUCAAUAUUUGGGCGAUUGGGCGUGAUCCCUCAGCUUGGGAGGAUCCACUGUCGUUCGAUCCCAACAGGUUUCUUGGCUCAAAUAUAGACUUCAAAGGACAUGAUUUUGAGCUUAUACCUUUUGGAUCAGGAAGAAGAAAUUGUGUUGGACAAUCAAUGGCUACAAGGCAGCUUCACUUGAUUUUGGGGUCUUUGAUGCAUUUCUUUGAUUGGUCUCUUCCAAAUGGGGAGGAUUCUGUGAAUUUAGACUUGUCUGAAAAGUUUGGCUUGACAUUGCAGAAAGAGCAACCUCUGCUACUUGUUCCAAAAAGAAAACUAUAAACUCAAGAAUCAACAUCGCAUCGUCGCUUGCUACUACAGCCGUUUUCUCUUCCUUUUGUUGGUGUAAUAAUUAAAUAUCCGCUUAGUCAGUUUUCCUUUUUCUUUUCUUUCUUUUUUGUUUUUUUUUUUUCUUCUUGGAGAAUUUAAUUUUAUGAGAAAGCAGCAAAUGGAACAUUAUGGAAAAUAUAAAAUGCUAAACGAGAAAAGAAAAUGAUAAUAGAAGUUUAUUAAUGUUACCUUUUAAAUUCUUUUGGUCA